AUGUAUGCGCGACAGCAACUGGCCUAUGCGCCGACUCCUCACAGCUAUACGCCGUCUAGCAACCUCACGGCAACUGUCAACCUCGAUGCCGAAGUCCAGCUAGCCGAUACUGCCGCCGAACGAGACCUGUACGAAUCUUUGGCCGAGCUAUACAGCAUCAUAAUCACUUUAGAUGCACUGGAGAAGGCGUAUCUGAGGGACAGCAUUCAGGAGAGCGAGUACACAGAGACCUGUGAUCGUCUCCUCCGCCAGUACAAGAGCACCCUUGCUGCGGAAAGCGUACAGGCAGCUUUUGGAGAUUUGGAGCGCUUCAAAAGCGAGUGGAACCUCGAAGUGCCCAAGGCUACCGAGAGGCUGCGCAUUGGACUGCCUGCCACUAUCGAGACUGUGCCUACGCGGAAUACCUCUCAACGCGCAUCCAAUUCUCACGCACAGAGCACCGCACCCAGCGCAGCCAACGCCUCUGCUAUUGUGUCUGCCUCUGAGAAUUUCAUCACUCUUUUCGAUGCAGUACGCAUGAACAUCCUGUCCAAAGACACCUUGCAUCCGAUCCUGGUCGAUACCAUCCAGGCGGUAAACAAAGUCACGGACCGCGAUUUUGAGAACAAGGGCAAGAUCGUGCAUUGGCUCAUUACCUUGAACCAAAUGCGUGCUGCCGAAGAGUUGAGCCCAGAGCAAGCCAGAGACCUGCAGUUUGACCUUAAUGCCGCCUACGAGGGCUUCAAGGCCACUCUGGAAUGA